CCUACAGCCACCAAACAGCUUGGCAAUCAACCAGAAUGAAACACGCUCAAAGAAAAGACAGAGUCAUAUCUUUAACGUUGCCCCUUAGCGAUAUGCAUGACAGAUGUCUGUUUCAUGGACAGCCAGCAGAUGUGAUGUCAGUUAGAACCUCAUCUUAGGAAGCAGUUUCAGUUCCUGUUGCUUUGACAAACACUUUCAAGUGUUUCAACACCCAGAGGACUACAGAGGAAGAGCUUAGCAGUACUGACUCCACCUGAGCAAUUCUUCUUUUAAAAACUUUAAAAAAAUACCAAAAGCAUUGAAGAAUUAUGAAAAUCGCCUUUUUCUUUGCUGUGCUGUUCUUGCUUGAUCUCUUUGCUUGCUGUCAUACGUAUGACCAAUAUCUCUUGCCUGACAUAGAAGAUGCAAAGUUCAUUGAAGACUGUGUGAGAGUUCACAAUGACUUCCGAUCCAAAGUGAAUCCACCAGCCAGCAAUAUGCUUCGUAUGUCCUGGGACCCUGCUUUAGCUAAGUCUGCCAAGGCAUGGGCAAAGAGGUGCAUGUUUGAGCACAAUAUCUACCUUAAAAUACCACAGAAGAUGCACCCUACCUUUACAUCUAUUGGAGAAAACAUCUGGACUGGCACUGCCACCAUCUUUUCUGUGCACGUAGCUCUGACUGAUUGGUUUAAUGAAGUCAGCAGCUACGAUUUCAACACCCGUCACUGCACUGACAAGUGUGGUCACUACACCCAGGUUGUUUGGGCAACGAGUUACAAAGUUGGCUGUGCAGUUCACUUCUGCCCUAGAAUUCACAAUCUUCAAGGAUUCAACAAUGUGGCGCAUUUUGUUUGUGACUAUGGGCCAGCGGGGAAUUACCCAACAAAGCCUUAUAAAGCAGGACGACCAUGUAGUGGAUGCAGUAACGACCAGUGUCUAGGCAAUCUCUGUGUAAAUGCAGAACGUGAGAAACUUAUAAGUUAUACCAACUGGUAUCCGGACUGGGACACUCAGCCCCAGCCACCGCGGCCCCGUCCCCCCCAGCCUCCAACCCCUCGGCCUCCAGCCCACACACCCACAGCUGGGCAACUGCAUUCUUCCUGUGACCCCUACUGUGUUAGUGUCUUGAUUUUAAGGCCACUAUUUUUGGUACUGAGUGCUGUAGGUGUUCGUUUAGCACAGGGGUGGUUUCCACACAUGUGUAUGUAUGUGUAAUGAUUGUUAAGAUACUGAUAGUGAUUAUACCAUUCCAUUAGAGAACUGCAUGUUUGAUAAAAAACAGUUAGUCAUCUCUGCUAUACUUUGUGAUGUUUAUCGAAUGCAAAAUGCUUCUGCAUUCAGGGCAAGAUUUAAAUGGCUGUGCAUGGAGUUGCUGUAAUUUAUUAGCGUGGCUUCUACAUCUGUAAGAGCCUCUUAGUUCUGUUUCAGGGGUAGUUUGCUGGAAGGACCAUGUAGGCAGUGUACUGCUGUAUAUGCUAAUAAGCCUUCUGGAAACCUGGAGCAUCACAAAGAUAUAUCUGAAUCAUAGAAUCAAAGAGUAUCCCAAGUUGGAAGGGACCUCAGUGAUUAUUGAGUCCAACUUCCAGCUCCAUGCAGGACCACCAAAAAAUCAGGGGGUCUGAAGUGAAAAAGGCCAACAAAAAAGCUCUUUUUAAGGCUUUUUUGAAUCCAGCAAGGAGUGGAGCUGGCACAUUCUUAGCCAGUUUAAAUACCCUAGGAACAUGUCAUCACUCACCCUUGACUUUGGCACCUGCUGAUAAGCUUUAAAUAGCCUCAGGGAACACAGAGCACACCAGGUGAGUAACCAUUGUUGCCCAUUGAGAACGCGGAGGUUCUCGGGAACUGCAGGCCUAAACAUGGUCUCCACCAGACAGUAGGCUUAUUCCAAGAAGAGUGUCCCAGACAGACGGCCUGGCCAGAAGUAUGGCUGUUCAGGUCUCCAUCUGAAAGGAGUGCCUGAACCAGCACUCCUGGUUAUCUGGAGAGGUCCCAGAGGACUGGAGGCUUGCUGAUGUGGCUCCCAUCUACAAGAAGGGCUAUAAGGAGG